AUGUGGCACCAAAAGACGAUUACGUUGCCAACACGUUCACGAGGGGCUUUCCUUGUUACCGAUCAAAUCUCGCAAGAACUUCCAGAAAUUCGAUCAUGUCGAGCCGGACUUGUAAAUCUCUUCAUACAACAUACGAGUUGCGCACUGAGCCUUAAUGAGAACUGGGAUGAGGACGUGCGGACCGACAUGACGAAUGCCUUGGAUCGCUUGGCGCCUGAGGAUAAAGCUGGCAAUUUAUAUCGCCAUAGUGACGAGGGCGCGGAUGAUAUGCCAGCACAUAUCAAAAGUGCUUUAAUAGGAGCUAGUAUUACGAUUCCCAUACGUGAUGGUAAGCUGGCCCUAGGGACAUGGCAGGGAAUCUGGUAUCUGGAGUUUAGGGCUGCGCGCCAUCAAAGGAAGUUAGUAGCUACGAUUCAAGGCGAACUGAUGGGAGCGUGA